AUGCCCCCUGGACAGCUCCGCGUCAGGCUCAUGGUCCCCAUGCCCGCGGACAAGGCGAAGAACAUCCCUGCAGUCGACGCUUCGAAUACAUACAAGCACCUCGUUGUCCGGCUCCAACUGCCCUACCCGCACCGCAACGCGAUCGAGGUGCUCGACACGUACUUGUACACCGACGCACUCGCCGAGUUCCCUGGCUUCCGCGAUGGUCUGGAGCAUCUCGCCCGCCCGCGUCACCUGCUUCUCCACGUCGCCUGCCUGGGCCACGUCGCCCUCACCCACGUCGCCCGCUUCUCGCCCCGCAUCACCCACCUGGCCGACGUCGCCUGCGUCAUACCCGCGUCGUCCGUCACGCCUCCACGUCGCCCGCAUUGCCCGCAUGUCCCGCGUCGCCCACGUCACGUCGCCCACUUCGCCCACAUCUUCUGCGUCACCCGCAUCUUCCGCCUCGCCAACCUCACCCACCUUGUUCGCUGCAUUGCCCCUUCUCACCCGCGUUGCCACCCCACCCACCUCGUCUACGUCGCCUGCGUACCCAGGACAGCAUUAAACAACGGGUACGGCAGUGGCGCGUACAGGCUCACGGACCACGCGUACUCAAACGCUGUUGCGCCGGCGUAA